AUGAUGGAGUUCUUUUCAAACUUCAGCCGGGCCCGGCCAGCAACUGUGCCCACUGACAAGGUUGUCCCUCUACGGUACUGGGAUGACCUGGACUAUCUCCGUCGACUCUGCCAUGACUUCACCUUCCGUUUUGACGACGUACUGGACGCCUCCAAGCUCGAUGCUGCUCUGGCACGUAUGACGGAGAUUGGAGACUGGAACCAAUUGGGAGCUCGUCUGCGCCUGAAUGACCAAAAUCGCCUCGAAUACCACAUUCCCGCUGAGUAUACCAAAGCGCGGCCCGCAUACAACUUCACCACCACCGAGUAUGGGUUGCGCAUCUCCGAGCACGAACUCGGUAGACAGCUACCAAAAUCAGGCCAAGAUCAAUCGGUUCUCUCGCCUUCGCCUGCUGUCUUCGCUCCCAUUGUCCGCCAUGCGGAUAGUCCUCGUAAGCUGGCUGACUGGAUAUACACCGACCGGCCACAACUUCAUAUCCAUGUUUCUGUCUUCCAGGACGCGACUCUUGUGACGGUCAGCUAUGUUCAUACUCUGUUCGAUGCUAUUGCGAGGUCAACUUUCUUCAACGCGUGGAUAUCUGUUCUGCGGGGUCGAGAAGACGAAGUACCGCCUUUCAUCCCUUUCGAACAUGAUCCUCUGCGCACACUGGGUACAGAAGCCCCGGUAAAGCCCUAUAGUAACUAUGAUCGCGCUCUUAGCGGACUUAGCCUUGUGAUAUUUGGGCUGCGGUAUCUAUGGGAGCUGUUCUGGUAUCAGCAAGAAGAGGAACAUCCCAUUCGCCUACCAAGACGAUGCGUGGAACGGCUGAAGGAAUCCGCUCGUAAGGAGCUUGCUGCAAUGAGCCCUGAUAACGAGAAUAAAGCGCCCUUUCUGAGUGAAGGUGACGUUGUAAUGGCGUGGUGGGUGAGGACUAUUGUCACAGCUCUGAAUCCGGCGCCAGAUCGAACCAUCAUGGUCAUGAACGUUUUCAACGUAUGGGCGCUUUUCGAGGAAUGGUUCCCAACUGGCGGCGCGGGAUUCAUUGGUAACGCCUUUUUCUAUUCCUACACGCUGCUAGUUGCAGGCCAGGUUAUUCAGGAUGCUAGCCUCGCAUAUGUGGCGUCCAAAAACCGUAAAGCCCUCAUGGAGCACCGGACAAAGGAACAAGUUCAAGCCAUGACAUCCAUGCAGAGGGCAUCGUUCACUCGAACACCACCAGUUGUCGGAGAUGCCAAUUUGCUAUUUAUGGCAUGCACGAAUCAGCACAAGGCCAGGUAUUUCGAGCUGGACUUUUCGGCUGCCGUGGUGGCCCCGGGAGUGCCUCUGAGCGAACGGCCACAUGCUCUAGGUAGACCGUCGUAUAUCAACGACAUUGAGACUUGUCAGGGGUACCCAACCCGGAACGUAGUCAGAAUUAUUGGGAAGGAUGCUGCGGGUGACUAUUGGCUUUUGUUCAAGACUCGACCGGGCGCGUGGGCAGUUAUUCAUAGACAGUUGGUAGCGUUGCUGAAGCUGGAUGAGAAAGAAUGA